AUGGCAUCCACCACGGAUUCUCAUUCUGGCGAGAAUGAGGAAGACCCCGCCUUGAACGAUUAUUUGCAUGAUGAUGAUCAAGAGACCUCCCCCGCCGAUCGCAAACUCAACUCGUCCUUACCUAUGCAAAAGCGGCGGCGAGUUGGUCGAGCCUGCGACGAGUGUCGUAGAAAAAAGAUCAAGUGCGAUGGGAAACAACCAUGUACACAUUGUACUGUCUAUAGUUAUGAAUGCACGUAUGACCAACCCUCCAACCGUCGUCGCAACCCGGCCCCGCAAUAUGUCGAAGCCCUCGAAGCCCGUAUGCACAAGGCAGAACUCCUCCUCCAUUCGCUUCUCCCCGAUCUAAAUCUCGAUGACCCACAACUCGAUGUGCAAGCUACCCAACAGCGCUUGGUCGCCGCGCAGAAAGCGAAACAGCCGACCGGGCAAUCUGCGCCCAAGCCCUCCGCGGCGCCGGCCGAGCCCGCCGCUGAGCCCGGCGAUGAGUCCUUGCUGGAAACUAUGGUCGAUAACUCGGGUUGUCUAGACCGUGAUGACCAAGGCCACUGGGAUUACCAUGGCCAUACCUCCGGAGUCAUCUUUGUUCGCCGACUGCGCAAACAGCUAGGCGCGGCUGAUAUGCCCAUCGUACCCCCGCGCGGGAUCUCGCAGACUCUCGAAAGUCCUAAAUCAACAUCCGAUUCGCCUCAGGACUCCUCCCUUCCGCCCACGCAUGAUUUACCGCCACGAGAUGUCGCCCGCCGUUUGUGUAACAAUGCUCUGGAUGAUGCCUGCAGCUUGAUGCGUUUCGUGCAUGAGCCAUCUUUCUUUGCUUGCCUUGAACGCAUCUAUGACAAGUCACCUGAUCAAUACACGAAUGAAGAAAAUUCAUUCUUACCGCUUCUAUACAUCGUGAUGGCAGUCGGAUGUCUGUUCUCAGAUGAUGGGGUGGGUAUGUUGGAUGUCGCUGGCUAUGAGGGUGCGAUUGGUCAAGGUUUUCAAUUCUUCAAGGCCGGGCGACAGCUUCUAGAGGUUACUGAUUGUCGAGACCUUACUUCUCUACAAGCAAUUUGCUUUAUGGUGCUCUUCCUUCAGUCCUCUGCCAAGCUCAGUACCUGCUAUUCAUAUGUUGGAAUCGCGCUCCGUUCGGCUCUCCGAUUAGGCCUCCACCGAAAUGUAGCCACCGAUUUCAAUCCCAUCGAGCGAGAAAUGCGGAAACGAAUAUUUUGGGUCGUUCGCAAAAUGGACGUCUAUGUCAGCACGCUGCUGGGUCUCCCUCAAAUGUUGAGCGACGACGAUAUCGACCAAGAGUACCCAAUGGAAGUUGACGGAGAGUUCAUCACUGCGCUAGGAAUUACACAGAUGCCCACAGAUUAUACCCCGCUGAUGGCUGGACCAAACGCGCACACUCGACUUUCCAACAUCAUCUUGAAGGUGGUCAAAUACAUAUACCCCGUCAAGAAUGCUCGUUAUCGCUCAAAGUUCGACCAGAGAUACAUGGUCAGUCAUUCCAAGAUCCGUGAAAUUGAGCGGGAUCUCCAGACUUGGAUGGAGGAGUUGCCUCCAGCUCUUCGACCCGGCACGGAGGUCUCUCCGCAGCUAGAAAGGAUUCGUCAAUUGCUCCGUAUUAGCUAUGCGCAUGUCCAGAUGGUCAUGUACCGCCCAUUCUUGCAUUACGUAUCUGGUGGAUCCCAGGCUCGGGGUGUCGAUAAGCGUUCUUACGCCUGUGCUGCUGCCUGCGUCAGCGUUUCUCGAAAUAUCGUUCACAUCACAACAGGCAUGCACAAGAGAGGCCUACUUAAUGGAUCUUUCUGGUUCGCAAUGUACACCACUUAUUUUGCCAUUCUCUCCUUGAUUUUCUUUGUUGUUGAAAAUCCCGAUUCUCCAACUGCUAAAGAUGGCGUUCUCAAGGAUGCAAUGGAGGGAAAAAAUACCCUUGCCGGACUAGCUAAAAAGAGCAUGGCGGCAGAUCGAUGCUCUCAGAGCUUAAUCUGCUUGUUUAAGACUCUCCCAGAAAUGCUCAAGAAUCGCCAGGGCUCUAAGGUCCCAGUGAACCUCAAGCGAUCAGCACCAUCCAAUGUCUCUGCGGAGCCAGAAAACAUCAAGACGACAUCAGAUCAAACCACCUUACCUCACCGUUCAACCACAUUCCCUGUACAAAUGAUGCAACAGACCCCAAUUGCGAACACUCAUAGUCGCCGUCAAAAGAGUCUAGAUAUUCCCCAGAGCAACCGCUUAAGCGACAGUGGUAACCAAUCUGCCUGGUUAGCUUCGACACCAGAAUUGCUCACAGAAACUAUGACCACGCCAGAGCCCUUGGUAUCAAACCCUGUUAACAACUCUUCUAUGGCCAAUCAAGACAAUUGGUCACAGCAGUUUCUCAACCCGACGAAUCUUCCGGAUCUCAUGCCCAUCAUGUUCCCAUCAGACGACCCGUUUGCGUAUCCCACACAACCAAUGUCCACCCUGGAAGAUGAUCAUUUUCGCCAUGAUCGCCCUGGAAUGAUGGGCAGUCAGUUCCCGUUCGACUCAACCCAAACAGGAAUGCCAAAUUCACCGAGCGACCCAAGUAUAUCUACUCCUACAAUGGACUUCGCCCAUCUUCCCAAUUUCGGGGCAUCGUCUGGAGUCAAAUCAUCGGUGCCGAGUCGCCUCCAGCCCAACACGCAAGGAAUGAAUUCACCUAGAAUUAGCUCACCAAUUUCCCAAGGAAACACUCCCAGUGAAGCUCUCAGCAGUCCGGACCUGGUGUCCAUCCCCAAUCAAAACUUUGUGUGGCAAGGCUACAAUUUCCAGCCAACCAACGUGGGCACGAACGACACAGUGCAUCAAAACCAAGCGAUCCCUAAUGGAAUGCCUGAUUUCACCAUGGAUGCUGAAGAUACCAACAUGGGAAUGAAUAUGGAUUUAGGAAUUUCAUUCGACGACCUAUUUGGAAAUGACCCUACUACCUUUCGACCCGCUAACGGGGCAUCCAAUGAUGAAUGGAAUCAAUGGAUGAAUGCUGGAAUUUAA